CAGUAAGAACAAAGAAAGCCAACCUACUAGUCUCCUUUUAGAACCAUUGCAAUGGAGGUCUGGUGCAUAACAGCACAUCUAAUGCUGUUAACAGCACCCGGGACUGAAUUUGUGGAUGCUAUCUGUGAAGGAGCAGAUGCACACCUUCACUUGGAGCAUCAGGAAGCAUUUAUUGGAUCUUCUCCAAGUUUCAACUGCACUUUCACGCUGCCAAAUGGGGCAGAGAGAUUCAGGGUCAACUGGCUCCUGAACCAAAGCACUGAUAAACACUGCCAGGGCUUCGAGCUCUCCAGUCAGACUCCAACCGAUCAGACAGGGGCAUCGAGGAAAGACCAGCAUGUUUACCAAGUGACUGAAAAAACCCUGUCCCUGCUAACAGUAAAAGAUGUUGGAUACAAUUACAGUGGCUGGUACUACUGCCGUGUCACUGUGGAGAUUCCAGAACUUUGUCAUUUCUGCAGCCGUGGAGCACAGCUUAUCAUCAAGGGCAAUGAUACUUUUGCAACUUUCCACACUGCAGAGGGCAAUGAUACUUUUGCAACUUUCCAAACUGCAGCCCCCAAUAUCUCCCAGACUGUUCCCACAUGGAGUGGAAGGUGGUUGCUCUUCAUUGCGGUGCCAUCUGGAAUUAUCUUGCUGGCUGUGUUCACAGUGGGCAUCUGGGUCAUUUACAGGAGAAAAAGCCACAGUUCAGAAAAUCCAAUCUAUGAAAACAUGCAUCCAGCAAUCAACAAAGCAGCUUCACCUCAUAGAGAGGAGAAAAGAACCUCUAGUUUGGCUAUGCUUGAUCACACAGGAAUCGCAGAACAAUCAAGACCCCCAGGUGGCAAGUGGAGUCCAAAGCCAUACAUUUAACCUAUUUUUGCAUUGUGGUUUUCUCAGUGUUCUUCAUGCAAACUGCAUCUGUUGUUCAGCUGCCCACUAUAUACCUCAUGCAGUGGAGGUUACUCUUUUUCCAGUGUCAGAAAUCUAAAGAAAAUGGAAAUUAUCAAUGGAAAUGACAAUUUCAUGUUUCAAUCUCGAUAAAACUGUGAGAAAUCUCUACAGUACAGCAUUGCCUGAUGUAAGCACUGCGUCUAUGUCUAGUUCUGAGUAGCACGAAUAGCUCACCAACUCGUGACGCCUCCUAUAUGACGGGUGGCCUGGCUCUCAUACACAGAGAGGUCAGGAAGAGUGGAAACUGAGGGGUUCCUUUUCGUUUUCAGGUUGCAAGAGUUCAGGGAAACAAAAAUAUAUCUCUAUCUGAUAUCAUUCAUGUUUUUCCUUCCAGAGACAUACUGUGCUAUGAAUGGUGAAGAUGCAGAAUUUUGUAUAUUUAUUCAUUUGCAAAGGGACCCACAUCACUUCACCAUAUAGUAAGGAAAUCUAAACAAAAGUAAUACAAGUACACAGCUUAUAAUGCAGUUUGAAAUGAAUUAGGAAAACACGUCUUUCUACAGGCCAUCACCAAUUGUUGUUCACAUGCGCAGGAGAACUGGUUUUCACUGGAAAAGUAACUCAUCGCUCAUGGCUAAGAGCUGAAAACCCACAGAAAGAGGGUCAGGGUUGCAUGCGGUAAAGUAAGAAUAUGCAAGCCUGACACCACGCUGCAGUUAAAUCUGCUCUUACAUUUUCUAGCCAUGAGUCACAGCACUAGAUUUCACCUUAUUUCAUUUUUAUCCCGUAAUUGUUUUGUUUAAUAUUUUAACAUUUCCACAA